AUGACCGAGGAGCUGUACGAGAAGUUCCUGGCGCCGGACGAGCCCUGCCCGCGCGGCGGUCUCAGCCUGAGCGAGGAGGGCUGCCUGGACGGCAGCGACUUCGGCUGCCAGCUCUCGUCCUGCCACCGCACCGACCCGCUGCGCCGCUUCCACUCGUGCAGGUGGAACUUGACUUCUUGUGGAACAAGUGUUGCCAGCUCUGAGUGCAGCGAAGAGCUCUUUUCAUCCGUGUCAGCUGGUGACCAGGAUGACUGCUACUCUCUACUGGAUGAUCAGGAGUUCACAUCUUUUGAUCUGUUCCCAGAAGGUAGUGUGUGCAGUGAUGUCUCCUCUUCUAUUAGCACAUACUGGGAUUGGUCAGACAGUGAAUUUGAAUGGCAGUUGCCUGGCAGCGACAUUACAAGUGGGAGUGAUGUACUUUCCGAUGUAAUACCUAGUAUUCCCAGCUCUCCCUGUCUGCUUCCAAAAAAGAAAAACAAGCACAGGAACCUUGAUGAACUCCCAUGGAGUGCAAUGACAAAUGAUGAACAGGUUGAAUAUAUUGAAUACCUGAGUCGGAAAGUCAGUACUGAAAUGGGUCUACGAGAGCAACUUGAUAUCAUUAAAAUCAUUGAUCCCACUGCUCAGAUUUCACCAACAGAUAGUGAGUUUAUUAUUGAACUUAACUGUCUUACAGAUGAAAAACUGAAACAGGUGAGAAACUAUAUCAAGGAACAUGGUCCUCGCCAGCGGUCAGCAAGGGAAAGCUGGAAGAGAAGCAGCUACAGUUCUGCGAGUACCAGUGGGGUGAGUGGUGCAAGCGCCAGCAGCAGCAGUGCCAGCAUGGUCAGCUCAGCAAGCAGCAGCAGUUCUAGCGCCGGCAACUCUGCUUCAAACUCCAGCGCCAACAUGAGUCGGGCCCAUAGUGACAGUAACUUAUCCACGAGCGCGGCAGAAAGAAUCCGGGAUUCGAAAAAACGUUCUAAACAACGAAAGCUACAGCAAAAGGCUUUACGCAAGAGACAGCUGAAAGAGCAGAGACAGGCUCGUAAGGAAAGACUGAGUGGAUUGUUCCUCAAUGAGGAAGUGCUCUCUUUAAAAGUGACUGAGGAGGACCAUGAGGGAGAUGUGGAUGUUUUAAUGUGA